AAAUUUUUAGUACAGCCAACGUUCGCGCAAUGAAGCUGCUACUGCUGAGGCCAGGCCAAAAGCUCAUGCUUCUGUGAAGACCUGCAAGGAGCCUGCAGUGGCUCAGAGAGUAUCCCCCCAGAAGCAAACAAACAUACAUGGGAAUUCCAAAAUCAUGAAAUCACACCAUGGAAAACCCAGGCUUCCUCAUAAUCUCAGAUGUUCCCACCAGUCCACACAAUCUAAUUCUUCGGAUUUUUUUUUUUUUUUUUUGAAGAGUCAUCCUUCCUUUCCCUCAAGAUGACAAACAGUUCUCUCUUCUGCCCAGUUUACACAGGUCUGGAGCCGUUCACCUAUUUUUUUUAUUUAGUUUUUCUUGUUGGAAUUAUCGGAAGUGGUUUUGCAACCUGGGCUUUCAUACAGAACAACACAAAUCACAGGUGUGUAAGCAUAUACUUAAUUAACUUGCUUACAGCUGAUUUCCUGCUCACUCUGGCAUUACCAGUGAAAAUCGUUGUUGACUUGGGUGUGGCACCCUGGAAGCUGAAGAUAUUUCACUGCCAAGUGACAGCCUGCCUCAUCUACAUUAAUAUGUACUUAUCAAUUAUCUUCUUAGCAUUUGUCAGUAUUGAUCGUUGUCUUCAGUUGACGUACAGCUCUAAGAUUUAUCGGAUACAAGAACCUGGAUUUGCCAAAAUGAUAUCGACCGUGGUGUGGCUAAUGGUCCUUCUUAUAAUGGUGCCCAACAUGAUAAUUCCCAUCAAAGACAUCGAGGAGAAGCCAAAUGUGGGAUGCAUGGAAUUCAAAAAGGAGUUUGGAAGAAACUGGCAUUUGUUGACCAAUUUCAUAUGUGUAGCAAUAUUUUUAAAUUUCUCAGCCAUCAUUUUAAUAUCUAACUGCCUUGUAAUUCGACAACUCUACAGAAACAAAGAUAAUGAAAAUUAUCUAUAUGUGAAAAGGGCCCUCAUCAACAUACUUUUAGUGACUACAGGCUACAUCAUAUGCUUUGUUCCAUAUCACAUUGUCCGAAUCCCAUACACCCUCAGCCAGACAGAAGUAAUAUCUGACUGCCCAACCAGGAUUUCACUCUUCAAAGCCAAAGAGGCCACGCUGCUCCUGGCAGUGUCGAACCUGUGUUUUGAUCCUAUCCUGUACUACCAUCUCUCAAAAGCAUUCCGCCUAAAAGUCACCAAGACUUUUGCUUCACAUAAGGAGACCAAGACUCCAAAAGAAAAAUCAAGUGGUGAGAGCAGUGCAUAAAAUAUGGGAUUUUUCAUGCUAUCACUUCCUGUCUCAGUGACAGUAAGUACUGGGAAAGAGAAAAGAUAGCCUAAGUAAAAGACAGUUACCAUAUGUGGCCUGCUUUACUCAGAAACUGUUUCUAAAUGUAAAUCGAGCAGCACCCUUGUGGUGCUUAAACCACGUUCAUACAAAAACAAAACAAAAAACCUAAAAAGUACUGCUGAACCAACACAACACCUUGCAUUAUCCUUGAAACCUAAAGAAGUUUUAUGACACAGACUAAGAGUCAUUCAUGAAGUAUUCAUUUGAAUAUUGGGAACUGACUUCUUGAUAGAAAUAUGCAAAAUGAUCUCCAUGUAAGAUGCCAGAAAGCCCUUUGGCAACACGAUUUAAAACCAUUUAGAUCAUACUAAAUAAAAUCCAGCUGAUCUUUACAUGAAA